UGCUCCCGGUGCCGUGACUCGUUCCAGGGCCACCCGGUUGGUGGCCAGCAGUGUUACCGCCUGCUGGCCGUGGAGCAGGAGUACUGCCUGGACCCCACCUCGCAGAGCCACUGCUUCCCCCCGCCCCAGCGCCGGCCGCUGCCCCCCGGCCGCUCGGUGCCCUUCGCCGUCCAGCCCAAGUUCACCAACGUGGACAUCCGCGUCACGCUGGACGUCACCUUCGGCGCCGUCGACCUCUUCGUGGCCACCUCCUACGACACCUUCGCCGUGGAGGUGGAGCCGGGGACGGGGCGGCACCGGGUCAGGCUGCAGGCGCCGGGCGGCGCGGCGGGGACGGACGGGGGCGGCAUCUCGGGGGGGGUCGUGGAUAGAACCGGUGGUGGCAUCUCGGAGGGGUUCGUGGAUAGCUUUGGGACGGGAACUGAGACCUUCAGGACCAGUGGUGGCACCUCGGGAACCGGUGGUGGCAUCUCGGGGGGGUUUGUGGAUAGCUUUGGGACAGGUGGUGGCAUCUCGGGGGGGUUCAUGGAUAGCUUGGGGACGGGUGGUGGCAUCUCAGGAACCGGUGGUGGCACCUCGGGGACGGGUGGUGGCAUCUCGGAGGGGUUCGUGGAUAGCUUUGGGACGGGAACUGAGACCUUCAGGACCAGUGGUGGCACCUCGGGAACCAGUGGUGGCAUCUCGGGGGGGUCUGUGGAUACCUUGGGGACAGGUGGUGGCAUCUUGGGGACGGGUGGUGGCAUCUCGGAGGGGUUCGUGGAUAGCUUUGGGACGGGUGGUGGCAUCUCAGGAACCGGUGGGGGCACCUCAGGGGGGUUCAUGGAUACCUUGGGGACAGGUGGUGGCACCUCAGGAACCAGUGGUGGCAUCUCGGGGGGGUUCGUGGAUAGCUUGGGGACCGGUGGUGGCACCUCGGGGACCUUUGGGGACAGCUCGGGGAUGGGAACUGAGACCUUCAGGACCAGUGGUGGCACCUCGGGGACCGGUGGUGGCACCUUGGAGACCUCAUGGGCCGGUCCCACCGGUCCCACUGGUUUUACUGGGGACCCCAGAGGUCCUGGAGCUGCUCCUGGUGGCCAAACUGGUCACACUGGUUUCAGUAGCCAAACUGGUCAAACUGGUGGCCCAGGAGGUCCCAGGGGUGACUUCAGUGGCCAAACUGGUCAAGGUGGUGACCCCAGAGGUUUUGGAGGUCCAGGAGUCGGUUUCAGUGGCCAAACUGGUCACACUGGUCACACUGGUCAAGGUGCUGACCCCAGAAGUUCUGGAGGUCCAGGAGUCGGUUUCAGUGGCCAAACUGGUUUCAGUGGCCAAACUGGUGGCCCUGGAGGUCCCAGGGGUGAUUUCAGUGGCCAAACUGGUUUCAGUAGCCAAACCGGCCAAACUGGUUUCAGUGGCCAAACCAGCCAAACCAUUCUCACCGACCAACCAACCCUCUCACCCCCAGCACCCUUCGGUAGCCAAACCUCUCCCCCAGGUAGCCCCAAACCCCCCUCCGCCAGCCCCCCGCGUCUCCUGGAGGAACGAGCCCAAGGCUUGGUCACCUACCUGACCGUCGGCCACCCCGUGCCGGCUUUGGUGGUCCGGGGCGUCCGCGACCGCUUGGUCCUCACCUACCCCCACGCUAGCCACCCUCUGAAGUCCACCAGGUUCUACCUGCUGGUCCUGGGUGGCCCGGAACCUUCUCAGGGGCUCCUUUUUUUCCGGCAGGACCAAGCCCACAUCGACCUCUUCGUUUUCUUCUCGGUGUUUUUUUCCUGUUUCUUCCUUUUUUUGGCCGUCUGCGUCCUGCUCUGGAAAGCCAAGCAGGGCCUGGACGCUCGCCACGAGCGCCGGCGGCACCGCCAGGAGAUGUCCAAGAUGGCGGCCAGGCCCUUCGCCAGGGUCACCGUGUGUUUCCAGCCCUGCCCCCAGCUGGGCUACCAACCCCGGCAGAUGGGCUACCACCACAGCGGUCACUGGGGGUGUGGCUAUCAAAAUACGGGGGGCGGCUACCAAAGUUUGGGGG